CGCCCCGGAGAGGCGGGGCUGAGCCCCCCCGGGGACCCUUUCCCUGCCCCUCGCCGGGGUGAGUGCGCUGGGCCUGCCCAGGCCUCCCCCGCCCGGUGCGAGUGACUGAGCGCGGCAGCUUCCUUCGCGGCCGGCGUGCGGGGCCUGCCCCCCUCUCCCUGCCUCGUCUCCCGGCCCCUUCCCCUCCCCUUCCCUCCGGCCCUCGCUCCGGGGGGUACCCGGACCUGCCCCGCUUUCUCUUCAUCGCCGGGGAAUAAUUGCAGCGCGCUCCCCUCGCCUCAGAGCAGCUGGGCGAGGCACCGGCUUUUUCCCCCCGUCGGGGGCCUGCCCCCGGGGCUCCUCCCUCCCUCCUUCUGCGGGCCCGGUGCUUGGGCUUUUCCUCCUCCCGCCGGCCCCCUCCCCGUGCCCCGUCUCCGCUCUUGGUGCUCCAUGUCGGCCCCGCUGCCCGACUCCCCGCUGCAGGAUGGAUGCAGACACUGACCGGGGGCCCACCCCGCCGGCCCAGCCUCCCCAGCAGCCGCCUCCCAGCUCCGCCGUAAGGAGCCCUUGGGACCCUCUGUUGCAGCUGCAACGGCAGCCGCGGACAGGCGCGCUCCCCGCUCAGUGACCGGCCCCUUCCCUCGCCUCCCCCCGCCGCCGCCUCGCCCUUGCAGCGCUCCCCCGGGGCACGAUGUCGGGGGGCGCCGCAGACAGCGGCACCCCAGCGCCUCGCUUCCUGGCUCCGCCGCCGCCGCCGCCCCCCAAGAACGGUUCCAGCUCGGACAGCUCCAUCGGGGAGAAACUGGGAGCCGCUGCCGACCACGGAGUCUCCGGGUCCGGUGGAGCCGCCUGCGGAGCAGGGAGCGGAGGCCGUAGUGAGGAGUACCGACGCCGCCGCCACACCAUGGACAAGGACAGCCGAGGGGCGGCAGCCACCGAGCACCGCUUCUUCCGCCGUAGCGUGAUCUGCGACUCCAACGCUACGGCCUUGGAGCUACCCAGUUUGCAGCCCGCCGCGUCCUCGGCCCCUGUCUCGGGUGGAAGCGCUGCUCCCUUGGUCUCUCCUCCCGAGUGUGCCAGCCGGACCUCUUGCACCGCUGUCAGUGCCACCCAGGCCCCCUCUCUGCUGCAGCAGCAACCUCCGCCUGCCCAGCUUCCCCUCGAUGGACAGUCCGCUCAGGAGCCCUCCGCCUCAAAGGAUGCCGCCCCGCUGCUGCCCAAGGAGGAGGAGGACGAGGCAACGGCGCUGCCCCCCACCAGUGCCGCUGGCAGCGCCUCAGCUGCCAGCCGUGAAUUUGAGGAGCGGAGAGCAGCACAGCAGGAAGACAUCGAAGAGCUUGAGACCAAGGCAGUGGGCAUCUCCCCGGAUGGUCGCUUCUUGAAGUUUGACAUCGAGAUUGGCAGAGGCUCUUUCAAAACUGUCUAUAAAGGACUGGAUACAGAUACCACUGUGGAAGUUGCCUGGUGCGAGCUGCAGGAUCGAAAGCUGUCCAAGUCAGAGCGACAAAGAUUUAAAGAGGAAGCUGGGAUGCUGAAAGGGCUUCAGCAUCCCAAUAUUGUCAGGUUCUAUGAUUCCUGGGAGUCUACAGUCAAAGGAAAAAAGUGUAUUGUUCUUGUGACGGAACUCAUGACAUCUGGAACAUUGAAAACGUAUUUGAAGAGAUUUAAAGUGAUGAAAAUUAAAGUAUUACGAAGCUGGUGCCGUCAGAUACUGAAAGGAUUACAAUUCCUACACACGCGCACUCCUCCCAUUAUUCAUAGAGACUUAAAAUGUGACAACAUCUUCAUUACUGGCCCCACUGGAUCAGUCAAGAUUGGAGAUCUUGGUCUGGCAACCCUGAAACGAGCUUCUUUUGCCAAAAGUGUGAUAGGUACCCCAGAGUUCAUGGCCCCCGAGAUGUAUGAGGAGAAAUAUGAUGAAUCCGUUGAUGUAUAUGCUUUUGGGAUGUGUAUGCUAGAGAUGGCCACGUCUGAGUAUCCUUAUUCUGAGUGCCAAAAUGCUGCGCAGAUCUACCGUCGAGUGACCAGUGGUGUCAAACCUGCCAGCUUUGAUAAAGUAGCAAUCCCUGAGGUGAAAGAGAUUAUUGAGGGAUGCAUUCGGCAAAACAAAGGCGAGAGAUAUGCUAUUAAAGACCUUUUGAAUCAUGCUUUCUUCCAAGAAGAGACUGGAGUACGGGUAGAAUUGGCAGAGGAAGAUGAUGGAGAAAAAAUUGCCAUUAAGCUCUGGCUACGAAUUGAAGACAUCAAAAAACUCAAGGGCAAAUAUAAAGAUAACGAGGCAAUAGAAUUUUCUUUUGACUUGGAAAGAGAUGUCCCAGAAGAUGUAGCACAGGAAAUGGUGGAAUCUGGCUAUGUCUGUGAAGGGGAUCACAAGACAAUGGCAAAAGCUAUCAAGGACAGGGUAUCUUUGAUUAAGCGAAAGCGAGAGCAGCGCCAGUUGGUGCGAGAAGAACAGGAGAAGCUUCAGGAAGAAGGUGGUCAGAAGCAGCAGCUGGAGCAACAGCAGCCAUCAAGUGCUUCCCAUGCAGGGUCAAAGCAUCCAUCUGUCACUGGUACUACUCCUGUCCCCACUGCUUCAGCAUCGGUUUCUACACAAGUGGAGCCUGAAGAACCAGAAGCUGAUCAACACCAACAACUGCAGUUCCAGCAGCCCAGUAUAUCUGUUCUUUCUGAUGGGACAGUUGACAGUGGCCAGGGCUCAUCAGUUUAUACUGAAUCAUGUGUGAGCAGUCAGCAGACUGUGUCGUAUGGUUCCCAGCAUGACCAGUCCAUCCCAACAGCUCCAGUCCAGGGAUACACAACUCCGGUUGGCCAAGUGCAGUCACAGCAGCAUGGAGGAUAUCAGCCACCUGCAGCGCCUCAGCAUCCCCGUGGGGGAACCCCAACGUUCCCAGAUUCACAGAUAUUUUUCCCAACCGUUCAUGAACGGCCGGUGUCUUUCUCGCCACCACCUGCCUGCCCUCCGAAGGUGGCAGUUGCUCAGCGGCGCAAGAGCACUUCAUUUUUGGAAGCCCAAACUUGCCACUUCCAGCCAUUGCUGAAGACUGGCCAGAGCUUAGUUCCACCUGGUGGUAGUCCCACCAAUUGGACACCAGAGGCGUUUGUUAUGCUGGGCACAGCAGCUCAGCGAGUCGCUGGAGAGCCUCUGCAUGUGCAAGUUAAUCCUGUGUUUGAGCCAGCUCCUGUACCGAAUGACUAUAGAUCUGGACCAACACCUCCAGAGGAUGCUCACUACAGAAUGCAUCCAGAAGCUGUGUAUUUGGUGGGCAUGCACUAUCCAUCACAGGUAUCGGAGCAGUAUGAUCAAGUAGCUUGUAACUCUCAUGCGACUGAACAACAUUUGAAGCAGGUGUCUGAGUCAAGCCAUGGGCAAGGUGGUCCUCCACAAAGCUCUGUGUUCGACUUCCAAUUGGGGCAAACAUACCUGGCAAGACAUGUUCAGAACCUGAGGCUGGAUUCUGGGAUGGGUCCCCUUUCUCCAUUAUCCAGUGUUUCAGCUCCUCUGAGUGCAGAUCCUGCUCAGAUGACAUUCCACCAGGUAUUUGUUCCGCACUCUGCCCCAGCUGUGCUCUCUCACGCUGGUGAUGGCAGAGCCAGCUGUGUCUUUGAGUUCCAUGUGCACACACCGACUUCUGCUCCAGCAGAAGGGGCAGUUGCACCCCAGAGGGUCUACAGAAGUCGCCGGGGCUCUAUGGAGACCAGUCAAGAGGAAUCCACUCAAGGCAUAGGGUUGCACAGUCGGCUUCAGCCUGUGACAGAGGAGCAGUGUAACUAUCUUGGUCCUGAGUUAGCAGGUCCCAGAGGGGGCUCUGCCAGGCGGAGCUGGCCAGAAGGAAGCCCGGAAUACUCCAGUGAUUCCUCACAGCUGACUUCCUCUGACACUGGCGAUUUCCAGUCUCCUCCCCCUACAGGGGGGUCAUCUGCUUUUGGCUCAGACUUCUCAUUGCCCAUUGUUCAGCUGCCUCAGAAGGUAUUGCAAGAGUCGCAGCUCUUCAUCUGCUUCCCCCAGGGAGCCUCGACUCAGCAGGCCUUGUCCACCUCGCUUCCAUCAGGACCACCUACACUCUAUCCUCAGACACAGGUGCAAGGCCAGUCAGCUUCAAGCAGUGCAUCAGUGCCAUCCCAGACUACCCAACAUGCUCAGCAGAAUGCACAGCAGCCAGCCUCUUCUCAACAGCCUGGGCAGUACCAGCUGCAGCAGCCAUCAGUUUCUGCUGGUGCCACUCCCGCACAAACUGCCUCUCAGACUCAGACUUCACAGAUUAUGCCAAUUCCUCAGGCAGCAGCUGGGACACAGCUUCCUGUUUCCCAACCAGUGUCGAUCAUCCAAGGCGAGCCUCAAUUACCUGUUGCAGCACCUUCUCUCCCUCAGCCUUCAGUUGCCCCAUCAGUCCCAAUUGGCUCUCAUUUUCUACCCAUGGGACAACCCCUGCCAACUUCCAUGGUUCCCCAGUUCUCAGUCUCUCAGUUGCCUGUAGCAGCUCCUCAUGUGUCAGUGACUCAGCCAGGUUUCCAGUCACUGCCAAUUUCCAUGGCAGCUGGCAUGAAUCAGCCACUGCUCACGCUGGCAACAUCUGCUGCGGCAACCACUGUCCCAGUAGGACCAACAGUUGUCCCUAGCCAGCUUCCCACACUGAUGCAGCCUGUGGCUCAGUUGCCGAGCCAGGUACUCCCGCAGCUCCUGCAGCCAGCUGUCCAGUCCGUGGGAUUGCCAGUCAGCAUUGGACAAGCUGCUGAAGCUUCACUUCCUGCUGGAGAAGCUCUUUACCAGGGCUUCCCAUCUCUGCUGCCACCUCAGUACCCUGGCGAUUCGAAUCCUGCGCCUUCCUCUGCUGUGGCCUCUGUUAGCAUUCCUUCUGCCAUCCUGUCCCCUCCCUUGCCUGCAGAUGCAAUGGCUCAGCCAGGGUAUCUUGCUCCUGUUGCACAGCCGUAUGUGGAGCAGAAUGUUUUAGUUCCCAUGGGCAGCCUAGGAGGACAGGUUCAAAUGCCCCAGCCUACAGUGAGUUUAGCACAACAGCUCUCAUCUGCCCCCUCGCAGCAGGCAGUUAUGGAGGGUACUCAGGGAGUCUCACAGACUGCUCCUUCAGAGACUCUUCCAGCAACACAGCCUGCUCAGUCUACCCCUUUGGUUUCCUCUAUGGAUAGUGCACAUUCUGAUGUUGCUUCAGGAUUGAGUGAUGGCAAUGAGAAUGUUUCAGCUUCCAGUGGAAGGCAUGAAGGCAGGACUGCUAAACGUCACAUUCGGAGGUCUGUCCGCAGUCGCUCUCGCCAUGAGAAGACUGCUAGGCCUAAACUGAGAAUUCUAAAUGUUUCAAAUAAAGGUGAUCGAGUAGUGGAAUGCCAGUUGGAGACACACAAUCGGAAAAUGGUUACUUUCAAAUUUGAUUUGGAUGGUGACAACCCUGAGGAAAUAGCUUCAAUUAUGGUGCAGAAUGAGUUUAUUUUAUCAACCGAGAGAGACUCAUUUGUAGAACAGGUACGAGAGAUUAUUGAGAAAGCAGAUGAAAUGCUAAGUGAGGAUGUAAGUGUGGAGCCAGAAGGUGAUCAGGGUUUGGAGAGUAUGCAGGCAAAAGAUGAUGGCUUCUUUCCAGGGUCACAGAAAUUAGAGUUCAAACAGCCAGAUCCUACAUCUUCCAUGCCACAAAGAAUAGGGGUUCCUCCUAGCUCCUUUACCCAGGUGGUCCAUUCUGCAGGAAGACGGUUUAUUGUCAGCCCUGUCCCUGAGAGUCGGCUGAAAGAACAGGGCUUUUUCACAUCUGCUGUUCCUGGAGGAAAAGAAACUUCAGAUAUGGUUGCUGCAUCUCCACUACAUGGUCCUGGAAUGAAUCUCUCCCACUCGGCAUCAUCACUGAGCUUGCAGCAAGCUUUCUCUGAGAUGGGGCAUGCUCAGAUGACAGAAGGACCUAGUACAGCUCCUCCAGUGUUCAAUCAAACAGUACCACCCUUUCCACCUGCACUUUCUACUAUGGCGAGCAGUGGCGCACCUUCUGCAUCUGUGGCUGCUUCUUCAGUAUCUGUUCCCUCCAGCACAAAUGUUUCUCUUCCAGGAUCUGUUACUUUGCCUUCAGAAAGUGCAGCUGUUGGAGUUGCACCAAGUGCAAGUGUGCCAAGCUCUAUUUCUCCACCUCCAGCCUCACAAUCUGGACAGCAAUCGACUGGUGUCACUUCCAGUGUGAGCGCCCCUGCUUCUUUCUCCUUAGCUACCACAUCCCAGCCUGCUCAACCAGUAACUGGAGACAUUGCCCCCAGUAACAGCACACCAUCUUCUUUGGCUCUGCCAUCUACCCAGAUUCCUGGUGCCACUGGUCUUGGUGUCAUUGCACCAGCUGUGACAUCUCAGUCUACUCCUCAGAUUGUAAGUAGUAUGGCAGGAUCACAGACAGCUGUUGCUCAGAGUGUGGGUUUGCAGCUCCCUCAGCUUAGUAGCAGUGGUUCUAUCUCCAGUUUGGCAGAAACAACAGUUGUAAGUGCUCCACAGUCACUACCUGAGAGUGGGCAGUCUAUGGAUAAAUCACACCUCUGCAGUGCAUCUGGCUUAUCUCUUCCAAUCUCUGCCUCUUUAUCAUCCUCAGUAGCAACAAGCAUAUGUGGUUCAGUCUCUCAGCCAGUGAUACAUCCCUUACUUGUCCCAUCAGGAAUUACAUCCACACCUGUCCCGCCCCAGGUUUCAGGUGCAGCACCCAUGUUGCCCCAGGUUCCCUUAGCUGGUGUGUUACCACAACCAGUGACUAAUUUGCCUGCAGUACAGCAAACUUUGAUUCACAGCCAUCCUCAACCAGCUCCUCUACCCAAUCAGCCUCACAUUCACUGUCUGGAGGCUGAUGCUGAUGCUCAGUCUAAAGCUCCUGGUAUUGAUGAUAUAAAGACCCUGGAAGAAAAGCUUCGGUCUCUCUUCAGUGAACAUGGUAAUGUGGGAACAGCACAUCCAUCAGUAUCUCUGGACACAUCAUUGGUAAUGGAAACUACAGUGACUCCAGGGAUACCAACUACUGCUGUGGCACCAACUAAACCCUUGACAUCCAUUAGCACGUGUAUACCUCCGAGCAGUUUGCCUCUUGGACCAACUGGCUUGCCAGUGCUGACACCGGUUGCCACUCCUGGGCAAGUGAUCACCCCAGUCAGCUAUAUUUCAGCAUCGAGCAGCAUUGCAACAGCAGUAGUGAAACCAGGGACCUCUCCUUCAAAGCCCCCUCUUAGCAGGGUACCGGUGCUACCAGUAGGUUCUGAACUUCCGGCUGGCACUCCAUCCAGUGAGCCGCUGCCACCUUUCCCAGGACCUUCACUAACUCAGUCCCAACAGCCACUGGAAGAUCUCGAUGCUCAGCUGAGAAGAACCCUCAGUCCAGAGACAGUUCCAGUGACAUCUGCUCCUGCCUGUUCUGUGCCCUCAGUAGCAUCUACAACGGUUACCGGGGUGGUGUCCGCAGCAACUCAGUCUCUGAAGGAUGCUUCAGCAUCGUGUGGUGGAGAGAGCAGUGCUAUGGCUACCACAGCAGGAGCCAGUGUUCUGAAGAUGGGACGGUUUCAGGUAUCUGUGGCAGUGGAUGAUGUGCUAAAAGAAGGUGACAGGCCUGAAACUAAGCCAGUGCAAUUUGAAACCACCUCAACUGAUUCUUCAUCUCUUUCUGGCAGUAGCCCAGAGAGUACGCUGGUAAAGCAGAGUGGCAGUCAGAAAAGCGAGGCUGUUGUCGACUCUUCCUUGGAUGUGGUAGAUGGCAUUCCUCAGAUAGUCCCCAUGCUGCAAUUACCAGUAGAUAUUGUUCAGCCCACCAAGGUUGGGCGCUUUCAGGUAACAACAACAACAGAUCAAGUGGGGCGCUUUUCAGUGUCAAAGACUCAGGAUGAGGUCACCUGUGCAGAGAAAGAGCCAAUGACUCUUCCUCUCUCUGUGGACUUGGAGCAAGUUGCUUCUUCAGCUGCAACUCCGAAGAAAGAGUUGGAGUCGAGGCAGUCACCGCACAUGAAUGGUCCGUCCUCUGAACCAGAGGCUGCCUUCUUAAGUGGAAUGGCUAAGGAUUUGGAUGAUGGCUCGGGGAGCCCAGACUCCUUCCAGCCCCUGGGAGGGUCAAAGAUCAGCCUCCCUGUCCAGAGCCUUAGCAACUCCUUCAACUCUUCCUACAUGAGCAGUGAUAAUGAGUCGGAUAUUGAAGAUGAAGACUUGAAAUUGGAACUCCGUCGGUUACGGGAGAAGCACCUUAAAGAGAUCCAGGAGCUGCAGAGUCGCCAGAAGCAAGAGAUUGAGUCACUGUACAUGAAACUGGGAAAGGCCCCCCCUGCAGUAAUUAUUCCCCCAGCUGCACCCCUUUCAGGAAGGAGAAGACGACCUACUAAAGGAAAAAGCAGCAAGUCCAGUCGUAGCAGCUCCCAGGGAAAUAAGAGCCCUCAGCUAUCAGGCAAUCUGUCAGCUCAAAGCGCACCAUCCGUCUUGCCCCCACAGCAGACUCUUCAUCCUCCUGGUGGUGUGCCAGAGACUGGGCAGAACCAUUUGUUACAGCCCCUCAAACCUUCACCUUCUAGUGAAAAUCUCUACUCUGCCUUUACCAGUGAUGGUGCUCUUUCAGUACCAAGCCUUUCUGCACCAGGCCAAGGGACCAGCAGCACUAACAUAGUCGGGGCUACAGUGAACAGCCAGGCACCCCAGUCUCAGCCUACUGCUAUCGCCUCAAGCCGGAAAGGGACUUUCACAGAUGACCUGCACAAGCUGGUAGAUAACUGGGCCCGAGAUGCCAUGAACCUGUCUGGCAAGAAGGUUGGCAAAGGGCAUAGCAGCUAUGAGGGCCCUGGAAUGGCAAGAAAAUUCUCGGCACCGGGUCAGCUCUGUAUCUCUAUGACAUCUUCCCUGGGUGCUACGCCCAUCUCUGCAGCAUCAGCUACCUCUUUAGGUCCCUUCACCAAGGCCAUGUGCCCUCCGCAGCAGUAUGGUUACCCAGCAGCCUCCUUUGCCACCCCGUGGAGUGGGACAGGUGGUCCAGCACAGCCAGCACUCGGCCAGUUCCAGCCCGUAGGUGCCACAUCUUUGCAAAGCUUCAACAUCAGCAAUUUGCAAAAAUCGAUCAGCAACCCUCCAGGCUCCAACCUGCGGACCACUUAACCCUGCUCGGAGACCACGCUGGAGAGACCUCGGGACAGGACAUGGGGAGGGAGAUGGGGCCCUGUAUCAACUCCUAGUGCUGCAAUGAACUGGUAGCUUGCCAGACUGGGAAUGAAUUUCUCUUUUCCAACCAUUGCUGUCAACUCUCUGUAGAGGGAGUUUCCCCACACACUUUGAAGGGGGAGGAGGAUGAUCGGCAUCCUUACGAUGGGACAGUGCUUUUCACCAAGGGGUUCUGCUCUUGUGUGGAACAAGAGCUGUGAAGAGAAGUCACGGGGUCAGUUAAUGCAGUCUUGCUGUAAAAUUCCUCUCUGGUUUGAGGCUGAAUCCACAUGUGUUGGGUGGGAGAGCUGAAUCCUAGCAUGAGGCUUUAGCAUGCUUCUCAUCUCCCCCUAGAAGAACCAAGACCAGGAGAAAAGCUGUCCAAAUCCCCCUCCUCUCCCUCUCCCCAGUCAACUGUAUCCAGCUCCAAAAUGGUGGGGCACACGAAUGGACUUGCAGUGCAGCCCGUGCUUGAUAGGUCAUUACUGCUUUAAGUAAGAUAUUAACAGCUUUGACUGCAGCAUUAGAGCAAUUUAAAUUGUUUAAAAAUUUUUAAAAGUUCCCUGCGGACAUGUACUUACCAUCAGUUUUGAUGUGGAAACACUGUGAUAUAUAAAUGUUGUUGGACAACAGUAGUUUAAAAAUGAGUGGAAUAUAGAGGGUUAAAAAAGUUAAAAAGAAAAAAAAAAUGGGAAAAAAAGCUAGCUAUAUCCUUAUACUUAUUGGAGACACUUUAACUUUUUCCUUUGUAUUUUCAUUGUAUUAGAUAAAUAAAUGUGAAUGUAAAAUUGUAUAAAUUAAUGUACUUGAAUACUUGUCUGUUCUCCCAGUAUGCUUGCUGGAUAUUUUAGUGCCUUGGACUUCUAUUGCUUCUGCAGUUAGCAUCGUCUUCCCAGCAGACCCCCAGGUGGACAGAGGGCAAGUUGAGAGAAGGAUGGAUUGUUUGUUCCUAGUGACUGGGACACAGGAGUUUGUUUAGCGAAGCGGUCACUGCCUAGAGGAGGUGCAUGGAGGGGGAAGUCAUGGAGGCAGCAGGUUGGAACAACGUUCUGUGUGUUGGGGAAACUUGUCCAGGUGGGCAGAUCUGAAGUUGCUGGUGUGACAGGGGCCAGGUGGGGGUGGGACUGAGGGUUGUGGGUGAAGCUAAAACAAGACUAACAAAUACUGUGUGUGGAGGCAGGCGGUCUGGAUCAGAAAGGGAGAGAGGUUGGGGAGAACAUGUAUCUUCUGGGAAAGGCCCAACUUAAGAUGCAGUUAGACUCCACCUGUCAAGUGGUAAAGAUGUUUGGUCAGGAUGUGGCUUGAGGGAGAGGUGCCAUUGCUCGUUGGCAUGGGCUUGUCUGCUGGGAUUGCUUUUCUUACUUUUGUUUUGUUUCGUUUUUAAUUUUGUUUUGCUUUUUUUGGGGUUUUUUUGUUUUUUUGCUUUUUUUUGGUAAAAAUCCAUUUAAGCCAGGAAUAGACUGUCCUGGUGCAACAUCCAUUGCCGGCAAUGGAUGUACUUGAAACAGCCGGCAACAAGAAGUUUCCUCUGUCAUGGAGGAGUUACAAUUUUGUUCACUCUUAACAAAUUUGAAGCUGGUACCAGGACUGUAACUAUCUGUCCCCUCUUGGUAACUGUAUUGUACUUUCUGCUAUGGUCAUUCUCCCUUUAUUUAAAAAAAAUACUGGUUUCCUCUUCAAAGUAAAAAUAAUACCUGCCAGUAUUUAUGCAGUGCUGCAGAAAGCUGUGAAGGAUGAGAGUGCUGCUUCCUGGUACCUGGGAGUAGCUCACUGGUACCGGUCCUGGAAGCUGGUGCAUCGUGGAGUUUUUAUUUGCCUGCAUUUUUUUGCUGUUCCCCUGCGGAGCAUUAACAGGGAGUUUUUCUGGCUGCAGAUGUUCUCUUUUUACAAAGAAACGUGCAAGAUCCGUUCCUUUCCAGUUACUUUUUGUGCAGCAGUUCUGGCAGCAAGGGCAGGCGCAGGCUGCAGAUGAACGCCAGAGGGCAAAAGCUGAGUGGCAGGUGGGUGUGCUCUGCAUUCCUGAGGCUUCUGGGGGUUUGUUCCUUGUAACUGAAGUGCAGACUCGAGCUACAGAAUGAGACAGGAGGCUUCGUGGGGUGCCUGUGGUAGAAGAGGGGGAGAAAGCAGGGGGCCCUGCGGCCAAGGUGAGACGGAGAAACCUCUGCCCUUCCCUCUGAAGGGAUGCAGCCGGGAGUCCUCAACACGCCCAGUGGGAGGGGAGAGGCGUGCUCCGGGAACAGGAGCAGUGACAAACCUGGGGCAGGAAACCAAACGAGGGGAAUAUUGGUGGCAGGGGAAGCAAUCAGCUGGAUGCAGCACGUGGUUAUUUAAUUUUGAUCUACUAAGUUUGAAGUCGUGGGGUUUUUUUUGUUUUGUUUUGGUUUUUUUCCCCCCACUUAAUGUUAUGUAAGAACUGGUUUUAUUUACCAUUGAUUCCCUCCCCUCCUCUCCUGUGGAUGAAUAACUGAAGUCUAGAGGAAUAAACUAAUGCUACUGAACUGUUAAAUUAUUUUGUUUAAUAUUACACUUUGAGUAUCUUUUUCCACAUAAAAUCUGUUUCUGAAUUACAAGCGUUUUCUUUACAUUAUUUAACAAUGUACACUGUAAAAAAUAAAAAAAAAAUAAAAUUAAUUGAAACUUUGGGCUUCCCUGGCCGUAGUUAGUUGUAUGUUUUGCACUAAACCCAGGCACUGCGCUCCUUGUAUGACUGCGCUUUGUGCUACAAUUUGUUACCUUUGUAGAAUAUUUAAUUGAGUAAUUCAAAUAAACCAAACCUGCUUUUGUUGA